UGAUGCUCCUUUCAUUUGCAAAGAACUUGCUACCGCGCGCGACGCCGGCCGCAAACGGUAUGGAUGUUUACGUGCCGAAACAAGACCCAAAGCAAUCUGAAAAAAGCCCCGACAUCGUGUUGGCGGUCGCGUCUUCGUCGUUAUCAUCAUCUUGUCGCGCGACGCUUGAUAACGUCGGAGGCCGCGCCGACAAGCGCGCGUUCCCGUAAUCGUCGUGCAGCCGCCUGAAGCGUAAGAUGAGGGUGCCCGGUUGCCGAGUCAUCCUGCGUGGCGGCAGUCUAAGCUCGCUGUUCGCGCAACAAGUGCGUCGUGCCAGCAGCGACGAGGCCCUGCAGCGAACGGCAUUGUACGACUUCCACGUGAAACAUGGCGGCAAGAUGGUUCCAUUCGCGGGCUACGCCAUGCCUGUGCAAUACAGCAACCUAAGCCUCAGUGCCUCACAUCUUCACACACGUCGCCAUGCAAGCCUGUUUGAUGUCUCGCACAUGCUGCAGAGCAAAGUGCAUGGCCCAGACAGGGUGCGCUUCGUCGAAUCUCUCGUGGUCUCCGACAUUGAAGGUUUGGCAGAAGAUUUAGGUACACUCACAGUGUACACAAACCAGAAAGGUGGCAUCAUUGAUGACCUCAUAGUGAACAAGACCAAGGAUUGGCUGUACGUUGUCUCCAAUGCUGGGUGUAGGGACAAAGACUUGGCUCAUGUCAAGGCAAAGCUGGCAGACUUCCAAGCUGCGGGAAAUCAGGCAACCCUGGAGCUCAUGGACUCCUGGUCCCUGCUGGCCAUUCAAGGACCGGCAGCAGCUGAGCUGUUGCAGCCACUUGUGGACUGCACAUUGGCAUCGCUGCACUUCAUGCGGGGUGCCACAGUGACCCUUGCUGGCAUUCCGGGCUGCAGGCUCACCCGCUGUGGAUACACAGGGGAGGACGGCUUUGAGUUGUCCGUGCCAAGCACAGAAGUGACAGGCCUGGCCGAGGAGCUGCUGUCCAGCUCUGGUGGUCGAUUGCAGUUGGCCGGUCUCGGGGCUCGCGAUUCCCUUCGCAUCGAGGCUGGUCUCUGCCUUUACGGUCAAGACAUUGACGAAGACACGACACCUGUCGAAGCUGGCCUUGCCUUCACCAUUGGCAAGCGCAGGCGCCAAUUGGCUGACUUCCCAGGUGCACCUAUUAUCCUGGAGCAAUUGAACCGGAAGCCCAGCAGACGACGCGUUGGACUGGUUGCCACAAGUGCAGGGCCACCUGCGCGUAAUGGUGCUGUGGUGUACGACUCGGCAGGCUCGAAGGAACUUGGACGCGUGACAAGUGGGCUGCCUUCACCCAGCCUGGGCAGCAACAUUUCCAUGGCAUACGUGCCCCGCGAAUACAGCACGGCUGGCACGGCCGUACAGCUCGAAGUGCGAGGCCGCCGCAUUAAGGCUGUCGUGACACGCAUGCCUUUUGUGCCUAGCCAUUACUACACUGGUUAGGCUGCAGACACAAUAAAUAAA